AUGGCUGUCAUCCGUCAGCAUACACCGGUCAGUCCCGAACCACCUGCACACCUCCUUUCGCAGCCCAUGAUCACACGAGGAAAACAACACAGAUUGGAUGAUCAGUUCAACGACCUAUUCACCGAAUGGUACUUCUUGGACCUGGACGCCAAACGCGUCUUGGCUGGUAAUAUUGUGGAAACAAUCAUUGUGGAUCCCUCCAACUGGUACAAGGAACAUGUGCGUCUCUUGAUUGCCCGCAAUGUGGCCGAGGACGAUGACCCAGAAGAUGAUACUCGAGCCGUCCGUAGAACCCCGAACAAGAGUGAUCCAGCUUGGUACCCAGGCAGCGAAGCCAGGGCUGCUCGGAUUGCCAAGCAGCGUCAGCUUGCACGCGCUUCCUCACCCUCUACUCCUUCCAGGGGCACACGACAGGUCGAAGUGGUGCCUUCGGUUGAAGUCAUCAAUCACGAUGACGAUGCUGGCGAUGAACAAGACUCGCCCGUUCCUUCCGUGCAACGGAGACUCUUCACACUGCCAACACCUGCCGCGACUCCGGCUCCUGCUCAAACCAGAGAUGAGCACAACUCAGGCGUGGGUGAAGAGGUCGAUUCUUCUCUGGUAGGCGAGCAAACCAAUCAACUAAAGGCACGCAUUGAUGAGCUGCACACGCAUAUGGAGGUCACGAGGCAGAGCUUGCAAGCGGCGUUGUMGAUAUCGGAUAUAGACACGUCCGAAGCCCAGGCAAUCCAGGCCAAGUUGCAGAUGGUGACCAAGAGGCUAUCGGCGCUGGGCGAUCACUAUCUUGAUGCUCUUUACGGAGACGCCAGACUCGUCAGUGAGGCUGAGGGAGGCAUGGAAUCUGUUGUGGAUGCUGAUGAGUGA